AUGGUUGCUCCGAUUGCUCCGCGCUCCAGCUCCAGCUCCGCUCCAAAGCCCUGUUUAAAAAGACGAGUCUGCACCGUUCAGAUCGACCUUGUUUUCAUCUUCGACAUUUCCGGCAGCGUCAUAGAUGAAUACCGGAAGUCUGUCUCCUUUGCCAGACACAUCACAUCCGGUCUAGACAUCGAUUCUGACCUAGUAAGAGUGGCGUCUGUCGCGUUUUCCGUCAACGUUUUGAGUUAUUUUCUGUUGAGUAGGUUCAGGGGCGAUAAAGAAGCCAGUCUGAAGGCGUUUGAUUUCACAAACGCCGGUGGUCAGACUAACAUAAGAAGCGCCAUGGAGUUUACUGCUAGUACAUUGUUUGUUCAGUCAAAUGGGGAUCGCCCUGGCGUCCCCAACGUAGUCAUCCUUAUCACAGACGGUUACGCAAAUGUAAACGAACUGGAACCAGGUCAAGGGGCUGACCUCCUUAAAAGACACAAGUCGAUUCAACAAUUCAAUACGAAAUAA